UCUCGUCUUUAUCUUCCUUAAAGCUCUCUUAAGAUGGCUAUCGCAGUCCUUUUUUCACUUCUUUGUCUGAGCCUGAGUCAGCUCCUUUCCUUCCAGGCCACUGCCCAGCAGAAUCCUACAAGCGGGUUUACCGCCGUUCCUCUAUCUCAAUCAAAUUUCGAGCUGCACAAGCCUUAUGAUAAGUCUCCAAGCGAACGGUACAGUUUCAGUAAUGGCGAACAGAGACUGUGGGUGUUCGCCACGGACAAGCCUCACACAACAAGUAGCGAUACGAAGCCACGCACGGAGAUCCGAAUUCGAGGCUAUGAUUACUCAUCUGGGGUAUGGCAAUUUGAGGGACAGGCAUACGUCCCAAGUGGAACAACCGGUACCUCCAUCAUGCAAGUAUUUGGCGGUUCUUCCCGUGCUACUACCAUAAUGCUCAGAGUAUACACCGGCUCGCUCACGGUUUACAGGUCUCCGGUCAUACUAUCAAAUAUGUAUAACAGAUGGUUCAAAGUAAACGUAAUCCACGAUGUUGGUGCAUCGAAUGUUAAGGUUUACAUUGAUGGAGUUCUUAAAUAUGAAGGAUCAGGUGCUGGAGGAAACAAUCACUACUUCAAAUUUGGAGUUUACGCACAGAAUGACGAAUCCAAUUACAUGGAGUCUCGUUGGAGGGGAAUCAGGGUUCUCAGGAGGAAUUAAUGCUUUAAUUUUAGCCAUUUUUGUUUACGCAAUGGUUAAGAGUGGCAAAAAAUGAUGUAUUACUUCUAAAUAAUCGCCAAAACGGAAUGUUAUCUAUGGUAUAUGUGUAUUGUUGAUCUUGAAGAAGAGGUUGGGGUCUAAGACGGAAGAGAUUAUUUUUCGGUCGUGGAACUCAAAACUCAAUAGGUUUUCUUAUAUAGCAAAAGUUAAGUGUA